GCAGGCGUUAGAUCACAUCCUGAGCAGCACUGAAUCUCGACCUUUGAACUGCGUGAGUCAGGUCGCCGCACGGAUCAAUGAUAACGAAGAUUCUCGAUCAAGACCAGCACGAGCGAACGGGUUGGUGACACGCUCGCACGUUUGAUCAGAGCUGAUCUGAUCCUGCAUGGAGGAGAAGCGCGGUCAUGGCGGGGGUCACGGUCCAACCGAAGAGAGCGAGAGCAGCACGUCGGCGUCAGAAGCCGGCAUCUCCGAGCCAACCGUCCCAGCCAGGGACACACAUCCCUUCACUCGGGCGCCCACCGGGUUCGUUUGAGUGUUGAACCCUUGUGUCACGUGUUGCGAGGCGUUCGCUCGCAGUGUCGGACUCGGGCUUCACCUGCCGACUGUUUCACCAACUGGGACCGAUGACGCAUCCAACGCGAGAUGUCGUAGCCAGCCAUACUCACUCGGUGUGUCGGCUCAGCAGCAGCGGUCAACGUCGGUUCUUCGGCCGUUCCACUCCCAGGAGAUUCAGCGCUGUGUUCCUGACACUUCCAACAAACUUGCUAUCUUCCUUGACGAACGCCGGACACGUCGAGAAGUGGCAUGCUAACGUUAGCUUCCCAGAGCUAGCCGGCUAAUAAUUAGCAAAGUGUGCUUUCCUCCAAGUCUGAAGCGCGAGGCGGCACGCUGUCACGGUCCGCAAGAGGCUGGAGGGACCACGGAGACACUGCAGGGCUGCCGAUGCUCGGUGCUGCGGUCGGAUCGCGCUAACUUUCCAGCCAGACCUGUCGCUCGCAGGAAAGCAGGAAUUUCGCCAUCGCUCGCUCCACUGUCUGCGCAUGCGCAGCUCGGCAACGAUGACGAAUCCUUUUUCUGAAGCGAGUGAUUUGAUGAAUUUGUUGUUGUGUGUGUUUCUACAGACGCUGGUCCACGGGAUGAGACUGUCGUUGUCCCUCACUUUGGGUGAGCGCACCAGUCCGAGUGUGGGUGACACGUCAACACCGCUCCCGUUCACUGAGAAGUGGCGUCAGUGGAACCUUUGGUGACUCGAGUGACUCACGGUUCACACUGACGUGUGCGUUGGAGCUCGGCGAAGAAGAGAGUGCGACAGGACGGGUGUGACGUCACACCCCACUGGCCAGUGGGAGAGGCUGGGAGUGUGUGAAAACAGGAUGACAGGAUGAGUCUGUGAGAUGUUUGGACCCGUGGACAGGAGAGAGGUCGACGGUGAUGGAUGAUGGAGCUGGAGAAGAUGAGGAUCGCCAAUGAGGCUCUUGGUGAUCGAUCAAAGUGUGACUUGCUUGAUGGUUGGGAACUGGACCUCAGAACCUUCACUCCCAACAAUCCCAUUCCAACCAGAGCCAACAUUGCUCUCCCCGUGGGGACGUUGUGCGUCACCCUUCCCCCGGCCUCUCGCCUGAAUAAACCUAACCUUUACUCUGAACCAAAGCCAACGAUAAUGGCUGAGCUACUUUGUACUGACUGAGGCUUGACAAGGGGAGGCCCGGCCGGAAGUGCCCUCAAGAUGUCCUCGCUCUGUUGGCCAACAACUCAUACAGGUUCUCACACACAGGACUCUAAACACACGUUUAUGAUCGCUGUGCUCAGCAAGUGUUGUCAUCAGAAUCAGUGUGGGCGAACACGUUCUGCUCCUCGUCAUCAGUUUGGAAAUCGGAGCCACGCUAAAAUGAACAUUCUUCCAACAUCACGAGCCGGUGUCCCAGAAGGGCUUCUCUUCUUUGCCUCUGGCGCAUCCCUAUGGGCAUUGCUGUGAACUACACCCGCGGUCCUCAUUUCCAUCCCUGGUCUAUUUAGAAGCGCCUUGUGUGUGAGCCAACACUCGUGAGGGGCUUCGUUGAUGGCGGUGCUGGUGGACUCCAGGAGAUGGGAGAAGAGCUCGCCAAACACCUGUUGUGGAACCAGAAACCCUCUUCUCAGCAAUGAGUUGGAAGUAAGACACAGAGAAAUGCGACCAUGUAUCUGGGAAAAGCAAGUGCGGUCAGAAAUGGUAGGAACUGCUCCUGUUGAGAUAGAAGAGAAGAGAUGGAGUCAGUGGGACAGCACCCAGCGGCUGCCAGUGAAGACUUGAUUGCAAAUGUGUUUUCAUUUGUCGCCUUCUCUCAAAGUGCAACACACAAGGCUACAGAUUCAGUCAGGCUGGACCAGCGCAGGCUGUCUUUGAUGUGGUGGAGGUGAUCCCAACAAUGACUCCGUUCCUCAACCACUCCACUGUGGCAAGAACACAGGACGGCCUUAGCUUAUUCUAAUCCUCCCAGGCCGUACUGUGAGGUGUGGGCUGCUGUCACCGCUGCUCAUGUCCCAGGGACCUUCAACUCGGGUUUGACACUAUUUUAAAUGAUAGGUUUACAUGACACAUUGGUAAUAAACAGUACAGCAAUGACUUUCUCAAUUCAGAUUGUGAUAUAACAAUAUACAAAUAAUCCCAUGACACUUCAUAACACAUAUGACGUGUAUUGUGCCUUUAUUUAUCACGUGGUAUAGUAGGCAGCGCUCGGGUGAGAGGAGAGGAAACAACUUCAGCGGACAAAAUGAAAAUCUUGAGCCUUGGCUCAAUGGAAGACGAACUCCAACAGUCAAGUGGACCUCGGUCCUCUGGGAAGACAACUGGUGCUGGUUAGCGUGACAAACACGCAAUGGAGGCGGUGAAAAACACAAGGACACCAGGGGCCGCGUGCGUGGGCGGGGCCGUUUUCCUUCACCCGCUCCGUGUCCAGCCUUCAGGCUCCUGCUGAGUCGACGUGACUCCCUCUGUCGGCAGCGAGGAGGAUGCUGGACGUGGGGAAGUGGCCAGUGUUUGCUCUCCUCCCUCCUGAGGACCUUCGUCUGAUCCGGCAAGCUUGUGUGUUUGGCAGCGCGGCAAACGAAGCUCUUUACGUGACAGUUAACGACGAGAUGGUGAGGUGUUUGCAUGGGGUCACAACGGCUACAGUCAACUGGGCAACGGCACCACCAACCACGGCCUGACGCCUGCCGUGGUGUCCACCAACCUGCUGAGCAAGAGGGUGACGGAGGUGGCCUGCGGCUCCCACCACACCAUCGCCCUCACCACGGACGGAGAGGUGUUUGCUUGGGGCUACAACAACUCAGGCCAGGUGGGCUCAGGGUCCACCGCCAAUCAGCCCACGCCGCGGCGCGUCAGCAGCUGUUUGCAGAGCAAGGUGGUGGUCAACAUAGCCUGCGGUCAGCUGUGCUCCAUGGCUGUGCUGGACAAUGGCGAGAUCUAUGGCUGGGGCUACAACUGUAACGGACAGCUGGGUCUGGGCAACAAUGGCAACCAGCAGACACCGUGCAGGAUCGCGGCUCUCCAGGGCGUCAGCGUCAUCCAGGUUGCGUGUGGAUACGCACACACGCUGGCCCUCACGGAUGAGGGCUUUGUCUACGCCUGGGGCGCCAACUCCUACGGACAGCUGGGCACCGGAAAUAAAAGCAACCAAGCCGUGCCCACGCUGAUCAACACAGACAAAGAGAGGAUCGUGGAGGUGGCGGCCUGCCACACCAGCCACACGUCUGCAGCCAAGACGCAGAGCGGCCAGGUCCUGAUGUGGGGCCAGUGCCGAGGUCAAGCCGUAGCCAGUCCCCACCUCACGCACUUCAGCGGCACGGACGACGUCUUCGCUUGCUUCGCCACGCCGGCCGUCACGUGGCACCUGCUGUCAGUCGAUGGAGACGAUUACCUGACGGUGGCUCAGUCUUUGAAGAAGGAGUUCGACAGUCCGGAGAUCUCCGACCUCAAGUUCGUGGUUGAUGGGAAGUGCAUUCACGUCCACAAGGCUCUGCUGAAAAUCAGAUGCGAACACUUUCGGACGCUGCUGAACGAGAACGAUGAGGACUCCAUCGAGAUCCAUCAGUUCUCCUUCCUGGUGUACCGAGCCUUCCUGGAGUACCUAUACACCGACACCAUCAACCUGCCACCAGAGGACGCUAUUGGCCUGCUGGACCUGGCCACCUUCUACAGAGAGAGCCGGCUGAAGAGACUCUGUCAGGAGGCCAUCAAGCGCGGCAUCUCUGAGGAGAACGCCAUCACGCUGCUGUCGGCCGCGGUCAAGUACGAGGCGCGGGACCUGGAGGAGUUCUGCUUCAAGUUCUGUGUCAACCACCUGACGGCCGUCACGCAGACGCAAGCGUUUGCCGACAUGGACCAUGACCUGCUGAAGAACUUCAUCAGCAAAGCCAGCCGCUACGGCGCCUUCAAGAACUGACUGGAGGGCGCCUGUGCCGACUGAUCCCGGGAGGCUCGAGGACCGCCGAGGGUCAUGAGGGAGUGUGGUGAGAAGGAGACGUCACUGGGGGAGCGCCUCCAUGGCCGUGGUGCUGACAGAGUGGGCGCUGAUGGGGUCGCUGUGGAAGGCCAGCUUCCGCUGCUCCUCAUCCUCCCGAGCGUCUUCGUCCGCCUCCACAACAGGAACUAACACUCUGUUGCCAAGGUAACCAGAGUCGAAGGCGUGGCCUCGGCCGUCGUCCCCCUCAGUCGCCCUGUUGUUUGAGUUAGCGGUUUGUGUCUGCCGUGGUGUUUCGCCCCACAGACGUGGACUGAGCUCCGACGCCGCCCCCUCCUGGCUCGUGUGCUUGUUUACUUGCGUUGUGUUACCAUUUUUCUAAAAAGUUUUUUGUAUUCUGCGCCCCCCCUCGGCAUUAAACACUUGAAUUGCCCGUU